ACUAAAAUUAUUUUGUUAAAACCACAGGGACUAAAUAAUAACUGUUUUUGUUUUUAAGAAUGUCCGUUAUCCUUGCACUGUUCCGUUCGCUGCCUCAGUCCUCUACUCAGUGAGAUGAUGAUGAUGAUGGCGGUGGUUGUAGAAGGAAGCCAUAGCUUUUUACCCAAUUCUAACCAAUACAUUCUCUGGUUUCCACCUUCACCACCACCACCAACAGCAACAACCAAUCAAAAACCUCUAUCAACACCGCCAGGAAUAUCAAAACGACACCGUGCUCGUCUCACCAAAGCAGCAGCAGCAGAAACGCAAGAAAUCCGAGUCUGUACGAACCGCACAUGCCGUAAACAAGGCUCAUUUCAAACUCUAGAAGUCGUCACCGAUUUAGCCCCUCCGGAUAUAACCGUCAAGUCAAGUGGCUGCUUAGGCCGUUGUGGCUCUGGUCCAAACGUCGCCCUUUUGCCUCAAGGAAUAAUAGUGAAUCAUUGCGGUACCGCUGCUAAAGCUGCACAGUUCAUGGCUACCGCUGCUAAUGUUAGCGAUGGAAAUAUAAGUAAGAGUUUGGAAGCACUUGCUUUGAGAAAAACAGCUCAGGCUGAAUCCGAUCUUGCAAAUUUCUCCAAGGCCGAGGAAUUACUCUCACUGGCUAUCGAUCUUCAACCAUUUGGUGGUAUCCACAUCAUGUAUAAAUACAGGUCGCUUGCAAGAUUGGCAAUGAGAAACUAUUUGGGGGCUCUUGAAGAUGCAAGAGAAGCUUUAAGAUUAGCUCCUCGAUAUCUUGAGGCUUACAUGUGCGAAGGUGAUAUUUUCAUGGCCAUGGAAGAAUAUGAUGCAGCGGAGAAGUCAUAUUUGACUUGUUUACAGAUAGACCCAUCUAUUCGUCGUUCCAAAUCUUUCAAGACUCGGGUGGAAAAGCUUAACGAGAAGCUAUCUGCUGCAAAUAUGCCUCUCAAUCAGCAUGAAUAAAUCCACCUGUGUAUGCAUAUUACAAUCUGAGGGAUUGAAGUCUUGAAGGUUCUCUGCAUCCAGGUUUGAUUUUCUCGCUUUUGGAAAUCUGCCCUAAUUUUGUUUCUUUGCGUUUAGAGCUUGAGACGAAAUAUAAGGUUUAUACAAUUCUAAGGCCUAGUUAUAUUUUAUAGGAAAUUUAUAUCAUAUAUUUGGGUGUGUAGAUGGGAUUCACAACGAUUUAUGUCCACUAUAUUUUAUUUUGGCUGAUUAAUUACCUCUCUGCACAUAAAACCACAUGAAGUUUCAAUCUCAUUAAAUGGGGGAUUACACAGCUAAGUGUUCUUCUUUAUAAAUUUUCACUCUAAAAUAAUGUACACUAUCUUUUUUACAAGCUAUUUAUUGAUUUUCUUAACAUAAAGUAGAGUACGUUACAAGAUAACUAAAUCAUCCUCCCCCAUCACACAAUCAAAGAUGCAAACACAUCAUCCUCCCCCAUCACACAAUCAAAGAUGCAAACACAGCACCGCACAAUGCCACAAAUAUUUUGAGCAUCAAUUAGUAUUGGUUGGGGGUUGCUGCUUGUCUCACGGGGAUGAAGGCAUUUGGGUUCUGUAGCAGAGACCUUGAUAGCAACUAAAAUUGAAAGGUGGAUUUAUGAACAGUGCAUGUAUUUCCAGAUAUUGAUGUAAUGGUUUGGAAGAUAUUGCUAAUGAUAUGGGAAUCAGUGAAUUUAGAAAGACAUGUUACAGUUUCGUUCAAUUUGAAAUGUUAAGGAAAUAGUGUGCAUGUCUUGUAACUCUGUACAAGACUCUUUUGCUUUGUUUCAAAAUGGAAAAUCUUAGACAGGCACACAAAUUACUCCUUAUCUAAGCAAGUAAACUGGAGUUCAACUUCAGGUCAUUUUCUUUCACAGAAAUCACGCAAGGAGUGAGUCACUCCUAACCUCUCUUCAAUGUACCAAAAUCUCCAGCCUCAUAAAAGCAGUGGACUGGAAUGACCGCACAACUAAUGAGGAGUGCUUUGUGCAUCCGAAUUCACUUGCAUUGCUUUGUGCAAGCCUCUUUCAUGGUUGAAUUUUGUCAGAGAACAAUCUUUGUAUAUGGAAAAAUACCAUUAUUGAUUGAAUGCAACACUUAAAAGACC